CUACGGCCAGACGGGCGCGACCGGCAGUCUCGCGGGGCUUUCCUAAGAUUGCACGUCCGCGAAAGGAAGCUCGGUUACACGCACGAGUGUAUCAUACGCAUUUAGACACACGUGCAUCGGGUCACCGCAAAGGCAGUAGUCGUUAUUCCUCGAAAAACAAUUUUCUCAGCGGAAAACAUCACAAAGUUGGUUUUACGCCUUCGUCGUCGAACAGAUUUGUCACCAGGACGCCCUCGACCAGUGCUGCGUGGGCGCCAACGAUGAUGCGCAGCGCCGCCCUUCUGUGCACCGUGGCUGCCUUUACCAGCGUUGUGGCUCAAGGCCCCUCAGUGGGACCAUCUAUUGCGCAAGCGGAGAAGCGAGUGCAAGAAUUGGCACAAAUACUUGCUGACGUCAAAAAUGCCGUUCAACCGCGGCACUGCGGCGACCUCCUGCGGUCUGGUCAGAGCACCAGCGGAGUGUACACCAUAUUCCACAAGGCUGCCGGUCCAACUGGGCAGAGGGUCUACUGCGACAUGGAGACAGACGGCGGAGGGUGGACGGUGAUCCAGAGAAGGGGACAGUUUGGCAACAGAGUGUUCCACUUCUACCGAAACUGGACGGAGUACGCGAAUGGUUUCGGGAAUCCUUCUGAUGAAUACUGGAUCGGCAACCAUGCCCUCCACACGCUGACUUCUGGCGACGAAGAGAUGGCCCUCCGCGUGGUGCUGAGGAACCACACGGAGGACAGCGUGUCGGUCGACUACGAGAGCGUCCGGAUUGCGUCGGAGGCCGACCUUUUCAGGAUUCAAGUCGGGAAGUACCUCGGACCCGCAGGAUGGGAUGCCUUCAACGUGAAUGGCCAGAACUUCUCCACGUUCGACCGUGACAACGACGUGUGGCCGCAGAACUGUGCGACCACAUUCCGUGGCGCCUGGUGGUACAGCUCGUGCCACUCGGCCAACCUGAAUGGCCUGAACCUAAACGGCCACCACGACAGCUACGCCGACGGCAUCGAGUGGAGUGCUCGCGGUGUUGGCGUCCCCGGCGUACAGUACUACUCUUACCCUAGCGCCUACAUGAUGAUCCGACCAGCAGGUUUCCUCUUAGACCGAAGAAUCGGUGUAACAAUCGCUGCACCACUUUCAUAAUCGAAGGCGUGGUGCGUGGCAGCCUGUAACGCAAGCGAAACCCGUUAGCGAGUCAAUUAACUUUGGAUCGUCUGCACUGACGCCACCUGGCUGACCUCAUCUAACCAAGGCAAAAUAUUACCACUAAAAAAAAUAAGGAAUCAUGAAUGUUGUUCACUAUACAUUGUUUUUAACGGCACAAAAAAAUAGACACUCCACCGCGAACACGGCACACACAAGUGCGUUCUCUGUUUUUCACGCUCUUAAAAAUAAUUUUUGUAAGCCACACAAACUUGCCCAGCAUUAAACCAGUCCUUUUGAACAUGAUAGUUGUACCUCUUUGGCGAGCGCAAUAGUCGUGGAGUGAGGACUAUAACCGGGUGAACAGAGAGUUCCCACUGCCAAGUGAUGGAUGAAUGAGGGCUCUGACUUCGAUCAGAACUCUAUUUAGAUACGAAUGGGAACCACGUGCCUUACGUUUCUGCUCGGGCAGGGACAGGGUACGGCUACGCAAAGUUAUGAGCAUCACUUAUUGCUUUUGUUGUGUCCUUGACUAAUGGCGAACUUCUUUUCACUCUCGGAGGCACAUGCGCACCAAGCACUACCGACUAGACUUCCUCGGCGGAGCCUCAGUAUAUCAUUGAUCGCAACUCAUCACAGUUACGGUAGCUGGACUUCUCCACGACAAACAAUAGAAAUAUUUUCCUUAGAGCGAGAGUUGCGCCGACACUUAACGAGCUGCGCUCAUCCUACUCUGAAUUGUUUUCUUUUUUUCUUUUUUAAGCGUCAAGACCUCCCUCUAUGCUUCUAUCUACCUAAGCAUACAUGCGUGCAUGUAUCCAUGUAGGUAUGUAUGAAAAUUUUCGCAAACUACAGCCAAAAGAUAAUUAAUUUUGGUUUUUUACGUGCCAAAACCACGAUAUGAUAGCAGCACGCCGCAGCGGGGUCUCCGGAUUGAUUUUGACCACUUGGGUUUCUUUAACGUGCUCCCAAUGCACGGUAUACGGGGUUUUUGCAUUUCGCCCCAUCGAAAUGCGAC